UUAACUAGCUAAGCAACAAGCCAAUUAAAAAUCAGCUUAGUAAGUAGGAGUUAGGACCAUCUUCUUAUAAAAUUGCUUUCCAGAGGAAGCCAAAGGAAAGGAAUAACUAAAAAUAAAAUACAAUAGAUUACCAUUUGCUUUGCUCCCAUUUCUGUCAACAAUACCAACUACAAAAACCCCCCUCUAAGAGUCACUCUCCUCCCUCUUCCCCACCUUCAUUCAUUCAUUCUCUUCUUUCACGCAUUUCAUCGAACACCUUUCUUCCCCAGCACUUUUCCCCUUUUCACCAAAAUGGCCAGACCACAACAACGGUAUAGAGGCGUCCGACAGCGCCACUGGGGAUCCUGGGUUUCCGAAAUUCGCCACCCAUUAUUGAAGACCAGAAUCUGGCUCGGCACGUUCGAGACGGCGGAGGACGCGGCUCGAGCUUACGACGAAGCGGCUCGGCUGAUGUGCGGGCCAAGGACGAGGACCAACUUCCCGUACAACCCAAAUGUGCCUCAGUCUGCUUCCUCCAAACUCCUGUCGGCCAAUCUCACCGCCAAGCUGCACAGGUGCUACAUGGCCUCGCUCCAAAUGACCAAACAAGCUUCCCUUCAGCAGCAGCAGCAAGCUUCGAAGCCGCCAGCAGCUACUUAUGCAAAUGCCAGAGUGAAAACAGAGGAAUUGGAGCAAGCCCAGGAAACAGAGUCGAAUUGGGUGGGUGUGAAUUGUAAGAAUGUUCAAGUGGAGAGCAACCAGCAGCUGUUCAAGCCAUUGGAGGAUCAUCAAAUUGAGCAAAUGAUCGAGGAGCUGCUGCAUUAUGGGUCGAUUGAGCUCUGUUCUUCCGCUUCACCUCAGCCUUUCUAAAGUUCAGUUGCCCUGCCCUGCCUCUAAAGUUGGAGUCUUUAAUUAGCCAGCCAUGUGUGGCAGUGGUUUCUAACACUACCCAUUUGGCAAUUGGUCUGAUCUUUAACCCCAUUCUUCAUGGUCCUUCUCUUUAGAGAAGGUCCCCAUCUCUCUAUUUUAUCUCUGUUGCUAGCUACUGCUUAGCCAUAUAGACCUCUUCUGGGUCCUCUCUAGAAAAAGUGUCUACUUAGUAACUUCAUUCAUGUACAGUAGGUCAUAUCAUAUCAAUGUUGCUGCUGCUUAUCAUAAUUUGAACAUUUCCCCCUGCCUUAGGCUAAUGUCAUCACAAGUUAUGUUUACAAGGUGUGGCAUUCUAGCCGACCAUCUCUUUCAUUUUCUUCUGACUGGUUUUGGCAGCGAGAGAUUUGGUGUUCGAAUCGAGAAGAUAACUAAUGCCACAGAUAAAGGCAAUGAGUACGGGGGCGGUAUGAUGUCCAUUGGUGGGCGGUUCGGGUUCAUACUUGUGAAACAAGUAAAUUGUAGCAGAGAGACUUCAACAGUGUAGAGUCAAGGGGUUAGUAUGAACAUUGAACAGUCUUGUGGUUUGAAGGGAACAUAGCAGAGGAAAAGGUUACUGCUUUUCUUCGAUUGAGUGCCAUCUGCAGGCUUUCAGCUAUCACUCUGAGGAAGAAUGUGUAGGAACUUGGUAUUGCGGAUGGUAAAAUGGGGGAAACAAAGAGCUCUUUUCAGCUUUUGCUUCAAUUGGGAUGGGUGGGGACACAGCUUUUUCUUCCAACUUGAGCUUCUAAGCGUGGUGUGUGGAACAAAUCUGGUCUCCAUGUUCCAUGGGGAUUUUCUUUUACCUUCCAAGGUCAAGUGCUAUUUACUGUUUACCCGUGCAUCCAGUAACGCAUAAAAAGACACUGGCUGCCUCUGAAACAGAAGACUUCUCAAUAAAAAUUGUGGGUUAAUGAUAUUGCUAGUUCUUGUAUCGUAGUAUUGCGGAAAAAAAAAAAAACUAUCACCGUAGGCAUCCUACUUAAUCGAUUUCGAUUUUGUUGGGAAAAGUUCUAUUAAUAUUAUUUUUUGGUGGGUGUUUCCCAACCGAAGGGUAAUGAGUUUGAGGUUAAAGUGUUUCUUUUAAAAAAAUUAUGUUGUGGUUAAAAUAAUGAACCCGUGGACCGGCCAAAUCAAGGUUGUUCGUCCAAUGUAAUGUUUAACCGUUUAAAAAUCGUUCUGUUCAUUUCCAUCCAUCUAACACAAAUAGAUUGAACAACUAUUAUAAGCUUAUAAUUGGUUUGACGGUUCUACUAAUUGAGCCACCGAACCAUUUCGAUUCUUAUAACAAUAAUUACGAGUCAAAUAUCACCUGUCGAAUUAUCAUCCUGCUCCUCCUUGCUAUGGAGACACUACUCGAUUAGUUUGAUGGGUACAGAUCAUUUUUCCAACUUGUGUUUCCCCCCUUUUUUCCAUUUAUUAGUCAUGAGAGUGACCAAGAACAUUCAGAACAAUGAAAACCCCUUUUAUGAAAUCCUUUUCAUGGUUGGCGUUUGAAACGUUUUUGGAUUCAUGGGAUCUGAUAGAAGGCUAAUUGGGGACAUAGAUUCCUGGGUGCUACAAAAUCCUUUCAUAAGAAAAUAAGGUGCCAGUU